GUGUGAUGAUGUAGUCGAACGUUGUUUGUUCCGCGCUGUGCUUUAUCGAGACGGAUGGAUGGGCGUUUUGGGCGGCUCUUGUAUGUGGUUUGUUUUCGUUGUCCGUUCGUUUUGCUGCCGUGGCUCACGAACCUUGAGGUCUGGACGGCCGGCAAAGGGGAAUUGUGUUGGAUUUGGCUUCGUACCUUUCCUCUGCCUCUGCAUACACUCGAGGCUUUGACGGAAGUCGGCAGCCUUCUCGAGUAUCUGCUCCAGAACGACCAUGUGCGAGAGUUGCAGCGGAUGGUACCUACGGCAUCGGCAUAUGGGACGACAAAGGGGCGGUCCAUCCUGCCGGUGAAAGAUGGAUUGCUCCACUGUUCCGUGGUGGGCUGAAGGUAUGGAUGAACGAAGGAAUGAGGGAUGAGAUGUGAAUACGGGAUGAAGAAUACCCUGACGCUCGCUUGAUCGCAGUUCUGCCUGCGCCAUACACAGUAGGAAUUGACUCGUUCCCCAAUCAUCUUGAUUGGUGUCUUGCUAGGCUGCACACGACGUGAUUUCUUCGCUUCAUUGUGGUGAUAUUUACAAGUUCAGAGGUAAACCAUCAAUGGCAGGCCAACACACCACUGUCAUCAGUGACAUGACUGACCGCAAAAUU